UGGAUAAACAUUUAAUGUGGCGAAAAAAAGAUGGCUGCGCCCUGUAGAAGGAUGGCUGGUGUAACUCUCUUACAUUUUCGGUGCUUUAGCAGGGCAGCAGUUGGGAGCGCUGGGUUUCGUCAGUUGUCCAGCUCUUCUGUGUGUCGGGUGACUUUGCAAACCAAAAGUCAAACGGAAAAACGUCCAUCUCCGUGGACUCUGAUGGCAGCCGUUUGUCUGCAAAGGCUUCCGGUCAUAUCAGCGGACUGCAGCCCGAUAGAGCAGCAGUUCAGACACAUGAUGCAGCAGAUGGAGCUAGAGAAAAGCCUGCUGUCGGACCAUGAGCUGCAGCUCCUGGAGGACUCUGAGAGGAUCAGUCGCAAGCAGGCGGACGAUUACGACUCUGACGAGGAGGACAACCGCGGCGACCAGGAGAUCGUGUUGGCUCAGGACCUGGAAGACUCUUGGGAGCAGAAGCUUCAAAAGUUCCAGCCCGGGUUGAGGGUCAAAGCUGACGUGGAUGAGGACUUGACCUCGUCGGAGCGCUGCCUGGCCGACCCGCUGGUCCUCGUGGCCGAGCAGCAGGUCGGCGGCGACAAGCUGUGGCUGCUGCCUCAGGCGCGGUGGCAGGAAGGAGAAACGCUGCGGCAGACGGCCGAGAGAGCCCUGCAUUCCCUGCCAGCAGCCGGCCUCGAGGCGACCUUCCUCGGCAACGCCCCCUGUGGACUCUACAAGUACAAAUUGCCCAAAGCCGCUCGGACGGAGAGCGCGGUGGGAACAAAGGUGUUCUUCUUCAAAGCCAUCCUGUCCGGCAGCGGGGCCCCCGCCGCCCCGAGCGCUUCUCUUCUGUGGGCGAAGAAAAGCGAGCUGCAGCGCUACCUGAAGCCGGCGUACAUGAUGAAGGUCGAGCGCUUCGUCCUCGCCCUGUGACACCUGAACAUUGAGCGUGGGCACUGGAUCGUUAUUUAUGAGGCCCAGGAAGUUACCUCUGUAGUUUAUCUGUUGUCUUGUAUCAUAAAGAGUUCUUUGGUUCUAUACAUGUGUUGUAUGAGUACGUUGUAUUUUAAGUUUGCACAAUGUCAGAUGUCCUCCUUUCCUUACAGGGUAAAACCUGUUAACAAAUCAUCUUAAAAUGAAACCUGAAUCUUGACUUAUCAGUCAAUACAUCCUAAAACAGUGGUUCCCUCUUUUGCAAAAGAUGCUCAAAGAUAGUUCAAGCUAAGUCAAAGUGUCAUCUUUAAAUAAUAAGGAAACUACCCGCCAAGCACCAAACCACCCAAUAGCGAGCCUCGGGGGAUAAGGAGCGAGUCCCAUUCGCAUGCACCUGUAGUCACGAUGAAGACGAAGCCAUCGCCUUCCUUCAAUGUACCACACAGCAUGAGAGGGGAAAGCUCCCAUGAGCUGUUAAUCACAUUGUUGUGAGAUUUAAUGUGAGAACCAGUGGACGCCGCAUAAGAUGUUUGUUUAUGAUUUUCUGAUAAGUCAUUUUUUAAAAUGUGAUUUCUAGGCUUUGCUCGACUCCACUGAAGACACUCGAUGACUUGCUGAAGCAGUCGUUUGUUUUAGUGCAUUUAGACGUGCAGCAGUUAACAAGCACCCGCUAUUUGGGCCCGGCAGCCCUGCUGGAGGUGAUCUCUGGAUCUCCAGCACAUUCCGGGGUCCAGCAGCAGAUGGCAGUCUUAGCACAGCCCCGUCAUUGCGCCCGUGUGUGCUGACCUCAGAGGUGGACUGCAGAGCGAGCUUUUCUGAUCAAGUUGGCUUCCUCUUACUCAUCCUGAAAAUAUCCAUCGUAGAGGGGGAAUGUUCCUCUGCAAUGGCUCCGAUAAUUUGUCUUAAGAGCAUUGUGAUGUUCCCGACAGCCUCUCGGAUCAGCCUGUUCUUUCUAUUUGUGUCUGCAGGGACAAGGGGUUAUUAAUGUUGGAGACUUUGGCUUUAGAUGUUUUUUUUCCGUCUUUAUUCUUCAAGGCUCGGUGGAAGUCCUGAGUGCCACGCGGGCCUGCCCCGUCCGUGCAGAUGUGAAGGUCAGGGCCAGAGGUAAUAAAAGCAGUAUCUAACUGUCA